UUUUGGCUAUGCGAGCAACUGUUUUGGAGUGUGUUGAACAGUGAUUUACAUGUACAUAAUCUGUGUGCGUCUAUUUUGCAAGUUGUUCUAACGCAGGCGUUACCAAGUACCAGUACUCAAACGCAGCAGCGAGCACAAUUUAACGUCUGUGAUUUUGCCGGCAGCCCUGUGAAGCAGCCCAUCAAAGUUUGGGGCCAGCGGGCCGUAGAGAUAGCAGUGAGUGACGGGGAUGAGGUGGACAUUGAAAACUUGGAGAUCGGCAUAUUCGGGUCACAAAAGAAAGCUACUUUCACCAAAAGUUACAUCAGUGUCAGAUGAAGGGGAACGGCAGGGAAUACUGAGAGGAUUUGACAUUGAAGGUGACACUGUGACGGUGGAAAUCGUAACGGGGACGUCAGCUAAGAUGUUGACAAUGACUUGGGAAUUGUUCGACAUGCUUGGCAAUGAAGAAGACAUAAUUCAUGGGUUGGACAAAAUGGAAGUGACGUUUCCGGCCAGCAAGAGCGAGAUCGUAAAAAUCAGGGAAGUCACUGAUCAUGAGAAAGGGAGUAAGUGAACGGUACAAGGAUGACGGAAACGUCUAGAUCGAUUUGGUUAGCACACGAGCGUUUUUUCAAUUGAUAUUAGUAUAGAUUGCAGUUAUAGAUAAUGUUAUAAUGGAGAUAGUGCACAAUAGAUUAGUGUAGAGUAGUCAUUCUGAAUUUAAAUGUAGAUUAUAUUGUAAUUGAUUGUAAUUGUAAUUGUAUUGUAAUUGAUUUAAUGUACGUAUGAUUGUAUUGUGUUGCACGCUAUGUAUAAUAAAUAUAUAGCAAUAGCCGACAGUUUCCUGAAAAUAAGGCAUUGAACGAAUGGUCUGUUUAUAAAAGCUACCAAAAGAAUCACCUGAAAGACUUACAAAUGAGUCUAAUCAUUGAAAAAUUGAAUACUGACCCAGACUUGUCCCGUGUUUUCCCAAUAAUGGCCUGGUUGGCUAGGUGUUACAGGGCCUUCACACCUCACCCUCAUACCUCACACUGCGGAUUAUGAGACUUUAUUCAGAUAAAGUUGAUCAAGUCUGCCUUGAAAAAUAGAAUGUGCCAAUCUACUUUGGAUGGAAUAAUGCGCUUUGUUAUUGAAGGGCCUUCAAUUGACAAGUUUCCUUUUGACAAGGCAGUAGAUUUGUGGGCGAGACGAUCCAAUAGGAGAUUGAAACUGAAUUAAAUUGUAAAAAAAGUAAAUUCCUGUAUUCCAAGGUGAUUUUGUUGUCAAAUUGUUUUACUUUCAAUUAAACUAUAAAAAAGUUGAUUAUACAUGCCUAUUGACUUACUAAUCAACACAAUCAACACAAUCAUUGAUAUUUCAAAUGUCGUUUUUAAUAAU